AUGACGACAAUAGUGAGCGAGCUUAGUAUGCACGAUUUAAAUAAUAAGUUCUUCGAAAUUAUGCAAAACGAAAGCAACGCGGAGGAUGCGGCCAAUUUUAUUUACGAAAGUGUUUACGAAGAUGUUGCUCUGGGAUUCCUCUUUGAAUUUCAUCACGGGCUCAAGACCGGACUGACGGAUUUAAUUGAGGGCGAAAAAGAAGACGACGAGGGGUGCAAAAUGGUAGUCUCACCUGAGUGCGACGUGUUCGGCUUUUCUGUUCUUAAGAAAACUCCAGAUUCAAAUUGCUCUUGCCCCAAUUGCGAGCGACCAGUGUCAGCUACACGUUUUGCACCACACCUUGAAAAAUGCAUGGGUAUGGGCCGCAACAGCUCCCGUAUAGCCUCCAGACGUAUUGCCUCAAACAGCAGAGAGCCCACAUCAUAUGCUGGAAUUUUAAGUGAUGAUGAAGAUGAUGCAGAUUGGUCUGGUAGUUCCAUGCAGAGUGAACGUCGCAAACGCAGGAUCAGAAAUAAUAAUAACCGAAAGUCAAACAAGAUGCAUAACGGCAACAGAAAUAACAAUGGCCACCACAAUUCUGACUCAAAUGAUGGAGCAACUUAUGAAACAAUGAGCGCGAAUGAAAAGAAGAAUUUGCUUCAACAAAUGUGUGGUGUAGUUUCUGAACACACCAAAAAACUCUGUACAAGAUCAACCCGUUGCCCGCAACACACUGAAGAACAGCGGCGCGCACUUCGAAAUACUGUUCUGGAACCGUCCACACCCGAGUCCCAAACUUUAUUGACGGCUGAUGACGCUGGCUCUCCACCAGACUCCAGUCCUUCGUCUUCAUGCUCAUCAUCUAGCAGGAAACGAGACAGACAUCGUGGACUUAAGAAUAAGAGCAAGCGAGAGAGGAAUAUGUCGCCUAAUGCAAGAGAUUAA